AAAAGAUAAAAACUUUGAGAGUGGAAAGCUGGUAGUAGCGGUGGUGGUGGUGAUGAGUUGAGAUUGUUAAGUAUGUGUUAAACUGUUAAUGCAAGAAUCCAUUGUUUUAGGAAGAGAUAUGUGAGUAAGCCUAGGACAUGGUUCCAAAGCCAAAACCCAAGUGAAGAGAGAGAGAGAGAGAGAGAGAGAGUUUUUUGUGUGUGUUCUUUUGUGGGGUUAGAAGGAUCAAGGAGGACAUGCACAAAUCCAUGCUCACAACAACAAAAAAAAGCAACAACAACAACAACAAUAACAAUAACAAUCAUUUCUUGUUUCCCUGCACUUUAACAAAUCCCAAAGCUUACACUUAGUUGGCACGUGGUUGCUGAUGAGUAGAGAAGCUAAAUGCAGGAAUUCUACUGAAUUACAAGUCCAGCAAUCAUCUAUAUCCAGAAGCUUAAGCUUGAAGAUGGGAAAUCGACCACAACAUUGUCAUAACACUGAGCAAUUGAAUUUUCAAUUCCAAGACCAGGAUUCCCCUUCGACUCAAUCAACUGGUCAAUCUUACCCUGAAGUGGUUAGUAUGCAAGAAAGCAACCCUUGUGGACAAGGCAUAGUUUCGCCAAAAUCAGUAUUUAUUGAAACUAAGGAGAAGCCUAUUGGAGGCAUCACAAGACAAUUCUCGUUGAUGGGAACUCAGGAUUUAGUCUUCUCUUCAUCAAAGCUUGAUCAUAGCCAAUCAAUUGCUUGCCUUCAAUUUCCCUAUUCUGAUCCAUAUUACGGUCUGCUUGCUGCUACAUUUGGACAUCAGGCUAUUUUGCAUCCAUCCCGAAUGAUAGGGAUGGCCACUGCUCGAGUGCCCCUUCCCCUUGGUUUUCCAGACGAUGAACCCAUUUAUGUCAAUAAAAAGCAGUACCAUGCAAUUCUCAGACGGAGGCAGUUUCGUGCCAAGCUUGAAGCUCAGAACAAACUCAUCAAAAGUCGUAAGCCGUAUCUUCAUGAAUCUCGGCAUCUCCAUGCGUUAAAGAGGGCUAGAGGAUCUGGUGGACGCUUUCUCAACAAGAAGAAGCUUGAAGAAUCCAAUCAUACUCCUACAAGCCAUGGACUGGAUGAUUCAGGCUCCCCAAAGCUACAUUUGUUUGCAAAUAUAUCAGAAUCUGAAGUUCAUCAGCCAGAAAACUAUAGGGAUGGAGCUUCAACCAUCUCUUGCUCUUACGUCACAAGUGUCUCCAACAGUGACGACAUCUUCCAACAGCCAGAAUUCAGGUUCUCUGGCUAUCCUCCUCACAUUGGCGGGACCAUGAAUAGUCACUCGGUUGAUAUGCUGCAUGGUGCUAGUAAGCAACACCAUCUCACUGUCCUUCGGUGAGAGAUGAUGCCAACCAUGCUCAUUCCCCAGCACUUCACAUACUCUUUUGGAGAAGCUUGCUGUUGUAAUGGGUUCCUGAUCCUGAGGGAAGUCAUCCUUGGCUCUUGUCCUGCUCCGUUGCUUUUCAUGUUGGCUUGCCAAAAACAAAGUGUAGACAUUUACUUCUUGUCCACAUUUUGUGUUUGGGGCAUAUACAAAUAUGUUUUAAGACUAAGUUUGUGGUUGGUGACAUGACCAUAAUUGCUUUUCUUUGCUGUUAACUUGUGCCUCUGUGACUGCCUAGACAGUUGACUCUGAUAAUAAAGUGUUUUUUAUUCAGGGACAUACAGUUCCUCAUCUAAUUUAGUUAUUGGUUUGGUGA